AUGUUUGGUAAGACUUUUUUAAAAAAUGCCAAAAGACAAAAAUUAAAUAAUCAAAGACGACGAGCAUUAUUCAUUAGAAAAAAAUAUAGUAAUAAGCAGCUUAAAGCAUCGGGUCCUGAUGAAAACUAUGGUCUAGCAGAAGAAUUACCCCCGGAAAGUUCUUAUGAGGAUUUGACAAACAUGAAAAUGAAUUUUAUUAAUGAAAUUAAAAACAUGGAUAGAGAACAAUUGGAGAAAAACACGAGAGACCAAGCAAAAUCGCAACUUUGGUACGCAGAAAGGAGAAAACGAUUGACUGCUUCCAAGUUCGGAAAAAUAUGUAAAAUGCGUCAAAAUACCUCAUGUAAAAAUACGGUGCAUGAAUUAUUAUAUGGACAGACUAACCAUAAAAUUAAAGCCAUAGAAUAUGGUAGGGUCAUGGAGUCUGUAGCAAAAGUUAAAUUCGAAGAAUUGUUUAAUUUAAAAAUAAAAUCUGUAGGACUUUGCAUAGAUGUUGAAAUUCCUUACUUGGCUGCUAGUCCAGAUGGUUUUAUCGAAAAUAAUUUUAUUAUCGAGAUAAAAUGUCCUUUUUCAGCUAAGGAUAAUACAAGUUUAGAAGAUGCAAUGAAUAAUGGAAAAAUCAAAUAUUGUAUUAUUGAAAAUAAUACAAAAACAAUUGAAUUAAAAAAAAACAGUGAUUAUUAUUACCAAGUGCAAGGCCAACUGCAUAUAACAGGGAGAACAAACUGUUAUUUUUUUAUAUUUACAGAAAACUGGAAUCAUACAAUUAAUAUUAUGUAUGAUAAUGAAUUUUGGUCGACUAAGAUGGUCAAACAGUUAAGUCUAUUUUACACCGAAUGUUUACUUCCAGAGUUGGUAAUGCCUCAAUAUGGUAAACGGUUAUUAGUCAGUGAUAUCCGUGAACCAGAU